AAAUCCAAAGUGCAUGUGUUUCGGAAGAGAGAGAAUGCCAACAAAGCAAAAGGCCAAAGGCAUUCUAACUUUCCUCAAACGCCAAUAACUGCAAUAGUAAGUCUAAGGAUUCUCUUCUCAGCUCUCACCAUCCUAAUAAGUAAUAAAAUCUUUGAUCUUUCAUCUAAUCCCAGUAAAAGAAUAGAAUAAAAACAGCAUCUUGUAAGUGGGUGAGGCACCAAAGGUUGAAAUUUGUCAGAUUAGGGUUCUUAUUAUUCUACCAUUUUGCUACAAUUACAAGACACCAUUUCAGAUUUCAGACCCCAACAGGAAUCUGAUUCCGGAGACUUUAGUUCCCUCCGGAUAAGGAGCUGAAUGAUUACUGUCUGAGAUCAGUAUUUCUUUGUGGUAUUUAUAGGUGGAGGUGAUGCUACAAUUGGCUGCAGUUCUGGAUCGAUUCCUUGGAGGGUUUUUUUUGGGAUGAUGAUUUGGAGAUAGGCUCUGAAAGAUCAGUGAUUGAAAUGAAUUGUUGUUUGUGAUUUUGAGAGAUUUGACUGCUGAAAUUACAGAGCUUCGGAUUGUUUGGUUGACAAAUUGUGGUUGGAUUUUGGUAACAAUCACAGCUUCAAGUUUUAGAAUUCCAGAGCUGUUGUGUAAAUGGAGGGUCAGGCAAGUUUUGGUGAUGAGGUUUCUGUAAAUUUACUCAGAGAGGAAGAUGAAGAAGAGUUUCGUAGUUGUUGCGAAGAUGAUGAAGUUUGGAAGGAGACCGAAGAACCGGUGAAGGUGGAUCCAAAAGAUGAUCUCGAUGAAUUUUCAGUGAAGAUGUUCUUCAAAGGCAUGUCCAUAGCUGGGUAUGGGGACUCAGGUUUCGGGCUUUCUGGAAUUGGAGUUGUCAUGGAAAGGUCAACCAAUGGUCCUGCAAUUCAGGUGCAGAAAAGGCUUGAUUUUUAUGUGGAGGAGCCUGUGGCUGACUAUUUAGCCCUGAUGGAUGGCCUAAUGGAAGCUGUGCAAAAUAAAGUCCGCCGGGUUUAUGCAUUCACAGAUUCUGAGCUGCUACAUGAUCAGGUAUCACAUGAGCAGAAACUCGAAAUUCCACUCCUAGUAGCGCUGAGGCAAAGGAUCCUAGAGCAUGCCAGUCAUCUUGAUGCUUUUGUUCUGAAACUUGUCCCCACUGUAGAUCUUGAGCUGCCGUCAAAAUUAGCCCAAGUGGCAAUUGGAGUUGUCUCUUUUCCUGCUAAGGGUGUUGAAUCACUUGAAAACUGUUCCAUCUGUUGCGAUGAUAAACCAUCCCUAAUGAUGAUCACCAUGAAAUGUUCUCAUAAGUUCUGUUCGCAUUGCAUGAGGACAUACGUUGAUGGGAAGGUACAGUCCUCACAAGUCCCCAUCAGAUGUCCUCAGCCGAGGUGCAAGUAUUACAUCUCCACUGCUGAGUGCAAAUCUUUUCUUCCACUCACUUCUUAUGAAUCAUUGGAGAAAGCCCUCGCAGAAGCAAAUAUUCUCCACUCAGAUAGAAUUUACUGCCCAUAUCCAAAUUGUUCUGUCCUGCUUGAUCCUCUUGAAUGUUUGUCAGCUAGGGCAAGUUCAUCAAGUCAGUCAGAUAACAGCUGCAUUGACUGUCCAGUAUGUCAGAGAUUCAUCUGUGUAGAUUGUGGGGUUCCUUGGCAUUCAUCUAUGAGCUGUGAGGAGUUCCAAAACCUCCCAUUGGAAGAGAGAGAUGCUGCAGACAUUACCUUACAUCGCCUAGCACAAAAUAAAAGCUGGAGACGUUGCCAGCAGUGUCGUAGGAUGAUCGAGCUCACUCAAGGUUGCUACCACAUGACAUGCUGGUGUAGGCAUGAGUUCUGUUAUUCUUGUGGUGCUGAAUAUAGGAAUGGCCAACAGACUUGUCAAUGUGCCUUUUGGGAUGAAGACAACAACAACACAGAAGACUUGGUCACUCAGUCUAUGCAAGAAUCUGAGCAAUGGGCAUGGGAAACAUUCAAUUCGCUCCCCAUGAUAAUGGAUGCAUACUCAGACCAAGAGAGAUCACAGUUGGCACUGAUCCAGAGGUUCCUAGCUGGGGGUUUCAGUUUAAGUGACCACCCCCCCUACCAAUCCCCACCCCGUUGUACAGAUUCCUACGUAGAUGCAAUGAAAGAUCUCCAUCAGCUUCCUUGGCUCGAGAGGUUCGUUUCUGUGAUAAGUGAUAACUACUAUGAAGAAUACAUCCAAUGAAUUAUAGGACUCCUGAAGUUGGAAAAUAAUCUGCAUACCUUCCCACCAAUACUUUUCGCAUAAGAAAGAGUAAAGAGUUCCUCGCUCUAUUCACUCCAAUUUCAUGGUCAUGAAGAUAAUGUACCUCUUUUCCUUUGUAGUUUCAUGAUCAUUGUGUUAAGAUAAAACUUGUGACCAUCAAGGUCCCUUGUGUGUACCAUAGAAGGGGAAGCAUCUAUUCUUGAUGAUCGCUUUCUUCUUGAAAGACAGAGGAAAAGAAAGAAAAAAAAGAUAGUGAAUUGAAUUGAAAGAACAUUUAUCAUGUUAGUGAAUUAAAAUGCCAUAAAUGUAUUUCCAUUUUAUA